GGCGAUAUGAAACAGCGGAAAAAAAUUUGCCUGUCCCUUUAAGAGAGGGCUGACUCGUCAUCUGUGUAACAAGACGGAAGUGGGAGUUGGAUUAAUUGAGAAGUGUUUACGGGUGUCAUUUAAUGCUGUUUGGAUCGUAGUUUUUUGUAAUUUAAUUUAUCAUUCACUCUUUUUUCCUGAAUGGUCUUUACAAUGUCAUGUUCAAAACUCUACGGUCAGAUACGCCAGAAAGGGAUACGGAUACUGUCUGGGGGUUGAACACGGUGAAGUGACUGUAGUAAUUUAUCAUGUCAUUUUUUUCAUAUUAACAUUAGGUGUUUUCGUAGUGAUUUUGCCUUAAUUUAAAGAUGUUCUUUAUAUGUCAGGAUAUCUACCCAGUAGACAAAAGUUGUUGCUUUUUAUAGCAUAUAGUAAAAUCGCGGCGGAACGACAUGCGCCGUGUUACCUUGAUUUUACAGAGCAGUAUUUUUUAACUACUCUCUUUAAAAUAGCAGGGAGUCCCGAAUAAACUCAGUGCUGGCCAGUCACUUUUGCCCCGUUACUGAAACCUUCCGGCCAUCUGCGGCGCCGACGUGGUUUGAUGAUGGGAAGAUUUUCUCGCCUUUUUGGCCAAACUCUCACUCGGCGAUCGAUUACCUCAUAACCAGAAAGAAGUCAAAGAGACAGUGUCCACGGAUCUGUGGGUGCAGUACGCGUGCUUUCCAGUAAAGCACCCAGGGAACACGUAGCUGGGAAGGUUCUCGCCCAGCCGCAUUAAUAUGUCAAAAGGCAUCCGGAGGUACAAGAGCGCAGCGGCCGGGAACGGCGUGGCGCUCGGCCGCUGCGAGCGGAUCCGGAUGCCGCGGGCGAAGGUGCUGCUCUGCUGUCUGUGCGGGUUGCUGGCCGUGGCCAUCAUGCUCGGCUUAUAUAUGUCCGGCGACCUAAGCAGCAGCAGCAGCACGCGGACCCACGCCGUGGACCUUACCAAAGACAAGUUGUCUCACAGGCCUUCGAAGCUGUCUGUGGCCCAGGUGAAGCGGCUCGUCUCCCAUGCCAGCCUGGGCCGCUUAUGGGAGACCCACCUCCGGCCGAUCCUCAGAGAGAGGCUGCCGGGCACCGCGGGCAGCAAGCUGGUGCGCCAGCACAUCAUCUCCCAGCUGAGGUCUCUGUCUGCGGGCUGGUUGGUGGAGACGGACUCCUUCAGCUCCCCCACGCCGCACGGCUCCGUCAUCUUUUCCAACGUGCUGGCGGUUCUGGACCCCAUUGCGCCCCGUCGGCUGCUGCUGGCCUGCCACUACGACUCCAAGGCCAUCCAGCCGCCGCCGGGAGAGACCCAGAAGCCGUUUGUGGGAGCCAGUGACUCGGCUGUGCCCUGCGCCAUGAUCCUAGAGCUGGUCACUGCCCUGGACAGCCAGCUGAAAAGCCUCACCCAGCAGAAGGUCCCGUUGACUCUGCAGCUGGUUUUCUUCGACGGCGAGGAGGCUUUCCAAGAGUGGACGGCCACAGACUCCUUGUACGGUUCCCGUCACCUGGCCGAACGUAUGUCGCACGCCCCCCACCCAGCAGGAGCCCCUCACACCACACUGCUCCAGGCCGUGGAUUUAUUUGUUCUGCUGGACUUGAUCGGCGCCCCUGAUCCAUUGUUCGUCAAUCACUUUGACAACACCGCCCGCUGGUUUGACCGUCUCAUUGCAGCAGAGAAACGACUGCACAAGUUGGGCCUGCUGUCUUCCCACCCCAGUGAGCAGAGCUACUUUCGGAAGGAUGUGUACCUGGGUCCCGUGCAGGAUGACCACAUCCCUUUCUUGCAGAGGGGGGUCCCUGUGCUUCAUCUCAUCGCUACGCCCUUUCCCUCCUUCUGGCACACGCUGCAGGACACCGAGGAGAACAUGCACGCUCCCACCGUGGAGAACCUGACGAAGAUCAUGAUGGUGUUCUUGGCAGAGUACCUGGGCCUCUGAGGGACCCAUUGGGGGUGGGGGAGAGGACCUUGUCUUGACUUGUCCCGGCAGCUGUAUCCUAAUUAGGCGUCACCUGCUUCUGGCUCGUACACCCUGCCAUCCAGAUGCGCUCAGCGCUUUGUCAUCUCUUGGCUCACACCUGCUCGGACAACUUGGAGCCUGGGCACAGGAAAAGCGCAUCACCUGGACACACAAACUUGACGAGGUGGUUUAAUAUACAUAUAAGCCAAUCAAAAAUGGCCACAGGCUGAAGCCACGCCCUCACUCAGUUCCCAUUGGCCAAUAUAUUACUGCUCAGACUAGCAGCUCAUCUCUGUCUACCUGGUUUUCGGUUAGGAGCUGCUCUGUGCCAUGAGGAAGACUUGGGUGGAUUGUGUGAUCGCUGCUCGAAGUUUGAGUUCCUCCCUCUCUGCUCUCGGAACACAUACUAACACCACAGAUUCCGUUCUUAUCGGGCUUCUGUUUACUAUUUCGAAAGGUUUAAGAAAGAGAACAAAACUUGAAGUUAUUGAACUGAGUCCCUUUUGUCCAGUUCUUUCAAGAAAGGAAACCUAUACAUAUAUUUUUAGAAGAGAAAGUAUUCAGUCUAGAAUUUAUAAUUUGUUUCUGAAUGUGGUUUUGAAGCACAUUUCUCAAUAUGGGACAUUUUUCAUAAGGAAUAUAAUUGAGUAUGAUCGAAGUUAGGCUUGGUAUUAAUGGUUGACCUGUUAAUGACGGAAGCCAUAACUGUCUUUAAAAAUGUAUUAAAGUCAGACUUUGCAUGAAA